GACAUAAGGCUCGGUUGGUUUAAUUGGAGAACGACUAGACGUUUGAGUGCAUGAGGAUACAUUAACUAAUAAUACGCAUGGACAAAUAUGCUGAUAAGUUGUCAAAGAGUCCAAACAAUGACCCCUAAUAACGUUCGAAUUGGUCAAGGUAAAGAGUGCUGGCUGAAACCUUUCCCAGCACUAUACCGCUCCUGAUUUGAGUGAAGGGGACGAGAGUGACUCCUUCUGUGGGACCACCUCAGCGGACAGAACCCCUCCCCCCUAUUCCUCCACGGGCCACCAUGGGUGAAGUAGUCAUUGUGAAGGAGGGAUGGCUGCAUAAACGAGGAGAGUACAUAAAGACCUGGAGGCCCAGGUAUUUCUUGCUGAAGAGAGACGGUACGUUCAUCGGGUACAAGGAGCGACCGCAAGACGUCGACCAACUGGAGACGCCACUCAAUAACUUCUCAGUAGCACCAGAAUGUCAGCUCAUGAAGACUGAGCGACCCAAGCCCAACACAUUCAUCAUCCGCUGCCUACAGUGGACCACUGUCAUAGAACGCACCUUCCAUGUGGAGAGCCCAGAGGAUAGGGAGCAGUGGACAAAGGCCAUCCAGGAGGUGGCUGAUGGGCUGCAGAAACAGGAGGAGGAGAGGAUGGACUCCUCACCAGACCCCAUGGACAUGGAGAUGUACCUCACCAAGCCCAAACUCAAAGUGACUAUGCAUGACUUUGAAUACCUCAAACUCUUGGGAAAAGGCACUUUUGGGAAGGUUAUCCUGGUGAAGGAAAAAGCAACCGGAAAAUACUACGCUAUGAAAAUCCUCAAGAAAGAAGUGAUUGUGGCAAAAGAUGAAGUAGCACACACUCUCACUGAAAACAGAGUACUGCAGAACUCCAAACACCCCUUCUUAACGAGUCUGAAGUACUCCUUCCAGACGCACGACCGCUUGUGUUUUGUCAUGGAGUACGCCAAUGGAGGAGAGCUGUUCUUCCACCUAUCACGAGACCGUGUGUUCUCCGAGGAGAGGGCCCGGUUCUACGGAGCGGAGAUCGUGUCGGCACUGGACUACCUCCACUUGGAGAAGAAUGUGGUUUACAGGGACCUGAAGCUGGAAAACCUGAUGCUGGACAAAGACGGCCACAUAAAGAUCACAGACUUUGGCCUGUGUAAGGAGGGCAUCAAGGACGGGGUCACCAUGAAGACCUUCUGUGGGACGCCAGAGUAUCUGGCCCCUGAGGUGCUGGAGGACAAUGACUACGGUCGUGCUGUGGACUGGUGGGGUCUGGGUGUGGUCAUGUAUGAGAUGAUGUGCGGUCGGCUGCCCUUCUACAACCAGGACCAUGAGAAGCUGUUUGAGCUGAUCCUGAUGGAGGAGAUCCGCUUUCCUAGAACCCUGGGCCCUGAGGGAAAGUCCCUGCUCUCUGGUCUGCUCAAGAAGGACCCCAAGCAGAGGUUAGGUGGAGGGCCUGAUGACGCCAAGGAGAUAAUGCAGCACAAGUUCUUCGCUGGGAUCGAGUGGCAAGAUGUGUACGAGAAGAAGCUGGUCCCGCCAUUCAAGCCCCAGGUCACCUCGGAAACGGACACCCGCUAUUUUGACGUGGAGUUCACCGGGCAGACCAUCACAAUCACGCCUCCAGGACAAGAUGACAGCAUGGAGUCUUUCGACAGCGACAGGAGACCCCACUUCCCUCAGUUCUCCUACUCUGCCAGUGGGACAGCCUGAACCAAAAACCUAGACUCCCUCUCCUCACUCUCUUAUGGACCAUACCCCUCUCACCCUGACUCCACACACAGCAACCUCUGACCAGAACACAUCCUCACAGGCCAUCUAUGACCUCUUUUCACUUUUAUUAUUUUGCUGUAAUUGUUGGUGCACAUCUCAAUUGUCUAGCGUGGCUUCUUAUCCUGGUCUCCUCUUCAGAUGGACAAUGAGAGAAAGGUCACUAUAAACUAUUGAGUCAACCUUGGUGUCACCAGUGUUUCAAAUACCGUACUUGGACACAGUGGUGACCGACCUACCUAAUUCUUCAUGGCAGCAUGAAGUUCCUGUCAAUGAUACGUAUGCCGCUAGCCUCAAAAGAGAAGCACAUUCAUAAGCGUUCUCUGAAAACUAGCUUUUUAAACGGUACACUAUAUAUUUCUCCAAAUGAUUGUCUUUAUAUUUUGAUGGAGCAAAGGGAAACAUCAGAGCGUGAUCUGUAGAAAUAGUCCUUCCCAUCUCCAUCUACUAGCCACCACUGCCAUUGUGCUCUGACUCCCAGGUUUUACAUGUUUGCGAGAGGUAACACUAAAGCUCCACACCUGGGUUGUGUUCAGUAGGACACCACGAAGCAACAAGUUUUGAAAUAGAAAACGAAAAUAUGUGUUCUUAUUGAACAAGUUCCCGUAGCACCUCCUGUUGCCUUCUCCCAUUUCGUGCCUUCUGAGCAUAACCCUGCAGUCUCUCACCUCUCAAAUGUUGACCCUCCUUAACACACACACCUUCUAGUAGGAGUAAGUGCUAUAGAACUGAAAUGGAGUGUAUGGAAUGAGCCGUCUACUUUUCUUCAGUGUUACUGGCCUCACCACCUUGCCUAAGUUGUCCUUAGUGACUACAGUACAAUGUAUCGAGAAAACAGUUGGCUCUACUGGAUCACACCAUCUGUAAAGUGAAGCACAGAGUAUGAUCCACACAUCAUUUUGUGAAUUCCAAAGGACAUUUUUGAUGGGUGUAUUGGCUACAUUUAUGUUUAGUGAAAUAGAUGUUUUCAUGAGAAAUCAUGUGAAUAGCAAUCUUGUUCAUUCCUGUAAAGUUGCUGCUGCAACCACAGUAGGGGAGGUAUUUUCCUGAUACAUUUUAUGGUGAAAUGACUAGGUGUGUGUGUGUGUAACAUACAUGCAUGCAUGCAUACACACACACACUUGUUUUUUCUAGAAAGGUCACUAUCCAUUUACCCUGUAACAAAUGUUGAGUUGGUCCUUGGUUUAUAUUUUUCUAUCAAAGCUGUAGACAUAUACUUCAAAGUACAUUGAAAUGAGAAGUAAUAUAACUCACUUUUUAUAUCUAGCAGAAAAUCAUGCUAGCUACAUGUUGAUAAAAUAAAUUAACUUGUUGAAAACAUAUGUCUUUUUCUACCAGCAUGCCAUUGAAUGUGCACACAUGCAUAGCUUAAACUAUGCAAGAGUCUGAAGCUCACCUGCCUGUAGAGUUAAAAAAAAAAAAAGGAAAAAAAGUUUACCAACCAAGCAGUUUCUCCACAAAUAUUGUCUAUUAUUGAGAACAGUCACAGUCCGGACAAUGUAUAACAAAACUCUCAUCAAUGAUUCAGUUCUGGAAAAUAUUCUGAAGACUGUUAGCUUGGUGGAGAGUUUGUGCAAUAACACAGUGCCAUGGUGAGGGGAAAGGAGAGGCAGACAUAAUUGUCACUGGCGUCCUCGUGAGGGCAAUGCUGAAACAAAAUAAAUGGUUUGAAAUUAAUAUCCGUCUUAGCUAGAACUGUGACCAAAGUCUCGUUUAGUUUGAGAGAUUUACAACCUUACCUUCUGCUUUGUUUUGCCCUGACCCUUAUCGGAGUAGCACCGACUGAAGCCUGGAUAAUAUCAUCUGAAAGGCAUGUACUGAUUCGAACCUUGGGAUUGAGUGUACAAAAUUAAUUGUGAAUGUUCUGCCAAUAAAAUGACCUUCUCUUUGCUGUUAGUUCUCAACAGGUAGCCUAUUCUGUGAUUGUUUGUGUACAUUUUCUUUUUCUAUUGUUUUGUGAUCCUUUCCGGUUAUUGGGUGUUUUCUCCGCAAUGCUUUUAGCAACACCUCAGUGACUGUUACAGUACCUUUCAGACAGACUGCUACUGUACAUAGACCGUUACUGUUGCAAGUGAAACACACCAACCAGGCUGUGACUGACCACCAUCGAGGAAGGAUGACCAUUUAUUUUGUAUGUAUUUGUGUGUGUGCACGAGAUUGUGCGGACAGGUCUGUGAGGGUAACAAUUCAAUGUGUCUCAAUGGUCCUAAUUGAAUCCAAGUGAGGAUAUCUAAGUUUAGCUUUAAAAUGAUUGACUGUUCAAGAAUUAAGAAGAUAAUUGACUUUGUCCUGAUCCACCAGAUUCUAGGUUUGUCAAGUGUUAAGGCCUUUAGUUUAGUCUGAAUAUAAAUGAUUUCUAGAGGAAAUGGUUUGGAAUUUUCACAAAACAAUACAAUUGAUAAUUAAUGGAAAAGAAAUUGUAAAUUAAUGGAAAACAUAUAUUUAAUUUUGUCACAUUCCAUUUAUUUUUUAUCAUUGACCUAAUUGUUGCUUAUCGACCGGUCCUCCCCUGAUGAGUUACCAUGUCAGGGGGGUGUUAACUUAAGAAAAUGUUCAAAAAAAUUAUGUUUAUUUCAUUUCCUUUGCCCCCUUAGUAGAUGAGAAACUGAACAAUUGAAUGCACCAGCUUUUGUGAACAAAUAACAUUUUCCCUCACUGUGUGGUAUUUUUCAUUGGAAUUCAGAAAUAAAGAUUUUUUGGGGA